AAAAACGCCAACGUUAUUUAAAUUGUUGUUAUUUCGAAUAAAUUCAUGUUCACAGCGUCAAUUUACACAUAUUUUGAAUAUUUACAAAUUAAAUGAAAAUCAAUCAAUAAUGAUUUGUAAUUCGAUAUCAAUUUUACGCAAUGAUCAUUUUUUAUUUAAACAAUCCUUUUAUCGACUCUCAGGUGGGAGAUUAAUGACAAACAAAACAAAUAAUGGCACAGAUAAAGAAUUUCAAGCGACCAUGUUAAAUACGGCCAAAGACCAAGGAGAGGGUUCACCACCGCCUACAUCAACAUCAAAACAGGACGAAGAUAAGAAUAUAACAAAUGAUGGGGACAAAAAGGAACAAUCUGAUGAUAUAUUUGUAAUCAUAGAUAUAUUAAAAGAUUUAUCUGAAAACAAUCAAAAGUAUUUCCGUGCAGAUGAUACAGAGUUUGGCCAACGGAUAUAUGAAUCAUAUGUCGGCAUCGAUUGUCAUCUAGAAAAUUUACGUCCAAUAAUUGUUGAAAUACAAGAACUAGCGCCUAAAUAUGAUUACGAUGUGAACGUACCUGGUAAUGGUUAUCGUUCCUUUUUAACAGUUGUGUAUCGUGGACUUCAACAUACGAUCAAUGUGACUAAACGUAUUGUAUUAAAACGUGAUCAAAUGUUAUUCCGUAAAAGUGUUUAUGUUAAGGAAAUAGAAUCAUGCUCACACUUAUUAGCAAGUUUACAACAAUGUUUAGAAUAUUUACGAACAUUAUCGAAAUGGUCUUCUGUUGGUGAAUUGUUUCCACGUGAGAAUCACACUCCUUAUGAUCUACUGUCAACACAGACGCAUAUCAAUCAAUAUUGUUUCUACGGAAGAUGUUUAGGAUUUCAAUUUUGUGAAGCAAUGAGUAAUGUACUAAAAGUGAUAAUAUUAUGUAUGACUAGUUUCUCGGAAAUUUAUUUUAACCGUAGUAAUAGUUUGUUUUCAAAAGCUACAAAUUCUAUGUGGGUAUCCGGACGAUACAUACUUGAUCCAGAAUUACGUGCAAAACGGGUUGUAAAUUUAUCACAAAAUGCACCAAUCGAUUUUUGUAAAUCAUUUUGGUUUCUAGCAGAGAGUGAAAUAAUGCAAAUGAUACCAAAAAUUACACCAGCAUCGUCAGUGAUACAAGUGAACAAAAUAAUAUCCAUACCACCAGAACCAUUAGAAUAUUUGAAUAAAACAACAAAAGAACGUAUUCAAAUUCCAAUUCCACAAGCUCAUAUUGGAAUUAAACCUAUACAAGUACGUUUAAUAAGUGCAUGUAAUCGUGAAGGUAUGAUUGGAAGUAGCAGUGAGGAUCCAAGUACAAGUACUUGUAGCGAAGCCAGUAAAAGUUUAAUAAUACAUUGUCAUGGAGGUGGUUUUGUAGCGCAAUCAUCACGAUCACAUCUUGUAUAUUUAAAAGAAUGGGCAAUACAAUUGAAUGUACCAAUAUUGUCUAUUGAUUAUAGUUUAGCCCCAGAAGCACCGUACCCACGAGCUGUACAAGAAAUAUUAUAUGCAUACGUAUGGGCGUUAAAUAAUAAAAAUUUAUUAGGUACUACAGCAGAGAAUAUAGUCUUCGCAGGUGAUUCUGCUGGAGCAAAUUUAAUUAACGUUCUGGCCAUAAAAUGUAUAGAAUUAAAUAUACAACCUCCAAAUGGUAUUUUUAACGCAUACGUACCAGUAAUAUUAAAUUUUAAACCAACACCAGCCCGAAUGUUAUGUUUAAUGGAUCCAUUGUUACCAUUAGGUUUUAUGUUACGUUGUAUUAAAUCCUACACAACAUACGAUUCCACAUCGAAUAUUAGUACACCAUCAGAAAGUUGUGGUGGUGGUGUAAAUGAUGGUACAGCCCGAACACAAACAAAUAGUUUUGAACAAAUAACAACAAGUGAUUUAUUAAAUGCACAUAAAUCACAGGUGAUAUUAUGUACAAGUGAUAAUGAUAAUGUUGAAAUAAGUACAAUAAGUGAUGAUACAAUAAUCAAUGAUAACGAUUGUGAUUUAUUAGAUGAUGAUAAUGAUUCUGAUUGGAUUAAAUUAGAUACAAGCCAUGAAGAUCAUGAGCAGUUAACAUUGAUACAUGAAUUUGAUUGUAACAAUCAAAGUUUAAUACAACGGGCUACCACAUACGAACAACAACAGCAACAAUUAAAUAUGAUAGCACCAAAUAAAAUUAAACAACGAAUGACAAAUUUAGUGAACGUUAUUACAAAUACAUUAAAUAAAUGGAGAACAACUACAAAUACGGGUCCUGAAGCUAGUAAUACAGAAACAGCAACAAACACGGACGCAUUAAUCAAUGAUAUGGAUGAUAACAAUGUAGAGAAUGUGAUUAAAGAGUUUAAUAUAAAUGUUCCACUUGAUCCAUAUUUAUCACCGUAUUAUGCAUCCAAUGAUAUAUUAAAAAAAUUACCUCCAAUUAGAAUAUUAACAGUUGAAUUAGAUCCAUGCUUAGAUGAUUGUGUAACAUAUGCUAAAAAAUUAAAAGAACUAGAUUGUGAUGUUAAAUUAGAUAUUUUAAAAGGUUUACCACAUGGUUUUCUGAAUUUUUCACUGUUUUCAAAAGAAGCUCAGGAAGGUUCUAAAAAAUGUAUUGAUCGUAUUCAAGAAUUAUUGAAUUCAAAUCAAUCUCAUUAAUAUUAAAUUAAUUAGGUCGUGUCUAUUAUCGCGUUAACAUGUUGGCUCUUAACUCAUUUAACAUUGAUUACGUUAGUUGUAUUAUUCAAGGCAGUGGCGUAAGGAUUAUUUAUUAAUCAUUUUUUAGGAAGUUAGGCUGCUAAUAAGAUCUGCAGGUUUUACAGUCGACUAAUACUGAGUUGAUCCAAAUCAACUUCAAAAUAUUUAUAACUCGG